AUCUGAUUUUUUUAUCAGUUUCAUAUGGAGGCCGAUAGAAAUGCCACAUCUGUGGAAUCAAACAGCAUUCCAACAUCUCAUUUCCAAGAAAAGGUUACUUACAGAUUCGGAAAUAAGGUGAUUUGUUGUUUGGAAGGGACAAGAAUUUGCAUAUUGUAUGAGACAUCUUUUGCAGGGGAACCUUGUGAGCUGUACCAUUGUGUGCUAGAGAGCAAGUCAUUUCUUGAAAAGAUGACUAUCAUUGAACAUACAAUUCCUUUCUUUCUGCUGCUACGAGAAGUAGAAAAUUCUCUCUCUUCUAAUGCCAUGAAAUUUAUAGAUCAUAUUGGAGAAUUAUUGCAGGCUUAUGUGAACAGACGUGAACAGGUUCGGCUUGUCAAGGAGCUGUACGGAAAUCAAAUAGGAGAGCUGUAUCAUAGUCUUCCGUACCACAUGAUUGAAUUUGCACUCGAUGAUUCUGAUUGCAAGGUGAUAAUCGGUCUUAGAUAUCCAGAUCUUGUUUCUGUUCUUCCAACUUGAGUGAAAAUUCUAGCAUGGUCAAUGCAUCAAUUUAAGAAGAAUCAUACAAGCUCAGCUGGAGCAAUGGGCUCCCAACCUAUUCCAGCUCAUUUAUCUUAUGCAGAAGAUGCCUUGAGAACCUUGAACUUAC